UCAUCACCAACACUGGAUUACUUUGACGUUUCUAACUUACAGCGUGAAAGUCGAUCAGUACGUGGCGAACCCCAAACGUGAAAAAAACGAAAAUUUUGACUGAACUCUUCUCCACAAACCCGUAGACAACCAACACGAUGCCGAAAUCACUCCUGGUCCUUGCUUAUUUCGCCUUUUUUGCAGUGGUAUGUCAGUGCUGCACUAACCCGCAAGUAACCUCAACUUCUUUCACAACACAAGACGCUACAAUCGUUCUAAACAUAGCCUACAUUUCUGAUUUCACCCUGAAAUGUGCCAACGGCGAGCCCUCAGCCCUUUACGCCGAAGUGAACGGAAAUAUCGUUCCCGUUUCUAUCGUGGACACCAAUCGGUAUCAGGUUAGCUGGACCGAAGACACAAAGACUGCCUCAAGUGGAGACAAGCAAGUGCGCAUUUUUGACGAGGAUGGUUACGCCGCUGCUCGCAAGGCCCUGAGAGCUGGGGAAGAUCUGUCAUCGGUGCCUUCGGUUGCCGACCUUGUGGUCAACCACCCGGGAGCGUACAAUGGACCAUGGCUUAAAAGCGAACUUCUCGCGACUUUGGUUUCUUUAGUUGUAGCAUAUUUUGCCGUUUCGUUCAAACUUAAAGUCACUGCAUAAGUUUGUUGUUGAGUGUUUGUUAGUUAUUAUUUAUUACUCAUUUCAGUGAAACGUGAUUUCUUAAAGUAAGCAACCAUUGUACAGAGAUUCGCAGUUAUGUUUUAUACGAAUUGAUUUUUUUUCAAUAAAUGAUUGGAUACAAUUUGUGUUUUGGAGGUUAGGUCAUUGCUGAGCGCUGCUGUAUGGUUGGUUGCAUAAUAGUAAACCGUGUGGACAUUGAAAUAGUUCAUUAUAGAUUAAGUACACGUGAGCGCAGAUGUCGAGAACAGAAGCUGGUUAAUGAUGUAGAUAAUUCACAAGUAGAAGAAAUUUAACGGAAUGGAAAAGUUUUCGGAAAUAUUAAAAUUUGAUGAAUCGGUGAUGCGAAAGUACGCUGCCAACUGUGAUCAACUUUUUUUAAUGAAAGUAUUUUUUUGGUGAGUGGACUUUCAGGAAUAAAAGGGUUGAGUGCAGCUUAGCUGUAUUUUUUAUGUAAAACUACAAACAGUAAAAUCCGUUUCAAAUUGA